UUUCACUUGGCUUGGUUUACGGCUUGGCGUGCGGCUCGCCCCCAGAGCAGACGACAUUCCGUAGCUGAAGGCAAAGGCAGCACACCACAGGUCUGUCGCAUAUCCUGCACAAAGCGUUCUUUCAGGCUAUCUUUAGUCGUAAUUCUGGUGUACAUUCCUCGAAUGUGUUCUCACAAACUCUAGCUCGUACGCGCAAUCGCUCUCAAUCAUCCCGGGACUCCGUCAUCGUCAUUGCAGCUCCGAGAGCGCCAACACGGCGCCAAAUUGAAAGUACUCCAGCAAGAGCAAUGGCCAGCAACUCGGCUGCGUAUUUCGACCCCGUUGCCGCCGAAAUCGCCAUCGUGAGAGCACUGGACGAGCUUUGCGUUCGGCGCUCGAACGUGGCAAUGCACCGCACUCGAAUCGACGAGCUACGGCGGGACAUAGCGCACCUGCGCGAGUGCAUAGACGUCGAAAAGCACCGGCUUCGCGUCACCGAAUGGCAAAUGUCCGAACGCCACUCCGUGCUGAGACAAGAGGCCGAGCAGCGUCGUCGACCCAUGUUGGCCGAAAAAGAUGCGUUAACGCGGCACAUCGGUCGCGUCAAAUGCAACCUCUCGGCCGCCGUCGGUCGGGCGAGAAGCCUGGAAACUGAAAAGCUGACGCUCGAGGGCAAAGUGAAGGACCUGCGCGACCAGAAAGGACACUUGGAAGAGGUCCUGCGUGAACGCAGCGCUCAGUUGCAUGACUUGACAAUGGCGUGCCGUCCCGUGCUCGACGAGUUCAGAAAGCUGGUCGCCCUGCUGGACGCCGUGCAGGCGUCUCUGUUCGACGUACUUCGGCGUCGCGUCGCGUUGGAGAGGGAGCGGCGCGAGUGCGUCAAACGAGAGUCCAGACUCGCGUCCGAGUGCGCGUCGUUGAAGAAGGCUCUGGAAUCGGCGACUUCGUCGGCCGACGAGGUUCAACAGGCAGGCGCCGAAGCUGGUCACACGGGUCCGGCGCCUGACCGUUGGCACAAGAGCCUGAUGGAGAAGCUGGAAAGCGAUGCGGCGGCUUGUCAACGCGAUCUGGAAUCGCUGAAACGCGCGGUCGGCUGCGGCACUGCUACCGACGUUGCGCUGCAGACCGCGCUGGAUGUUCCCGACGCAUCGGCCCUGUGAAGCUACAGGCGCUUUCAUUGUUUCGUUUUCGGGGGGUUUUUUAAGCAAGCUGCCAAAUAAAUGUGGCCGUUAUCAUUCA